AUAAUAAGGACCCGGAUGGAAGUGCUCCAAGUACAUCGCCAUAUUCUAUACAUCGUGAUGUAAACCAUGUACUGCCUUGUGAAAUUGGAUUUGAAUGAUACACACAUUUGGCGAGUGAGCGGCUAGAAUGACGCAAAUCAUAAAAUAUGACAGAAACACGCGCAGGAAAAUGAUGAAAAGGAAAUCGUGAGCGCGCACGCUGUCCACGUUCGUGCAUGCCCACUCGGUGGAGGUGCCGGGUAUUCAGCAGUGGGCGGUCCAUGUUCACUACCACUGUCACCUACACACGGUUGACAGACAGGUGUGCGUCGCCAGGAGCGCACGACCACCGUCUUGCUGGACGCAUCCUGUAUUCUGUAAUUAUUAAAUCAGUAAACCGGCCAUCAUGUUGUGGACAGCCAACCAGUUCAUUAGGAAAUUUUCCACAAGCACGGCAUAUUACCAAAAUAAACUGAGGCUCGCUCUCAUUGGCCAGAGCCUUUUUGGACAGGAAGUGUACACCAACCUACGGAAGCAAGGCCACAAGGUGGUGGGCGUGUUCACCGUUCCAGAUAAGGAUGGGAAGGCGGACCCUCUGGCUGUGAUAGCGGAGAAGGACGGGACGCCCGUGUUUAAGUUCCCGCGCUGGCGUGUGAAGGGGCAGCCAAUCCCGGAGGUGGUGGAGGCCUACAAGGCGGUGGGGGCGGAGCUCAACGUCAUGCCCUUCUGCAGCCAGUUCAUCCCCAUGAACGUCAUCGACCAUCCGACCCACGGCUCCAUCAUCUACCACCCCUCCAUCCUGCCGCUGCACCGCGGCGCCUCCGCCAUCAACUGGACACUGAUCCAGGGGGACAAGAAGGCGGGGUUCUCCAUCUUCUGGGCGGAUGACGGGCUGGACACUGGACCCAUCCUGCUCCAGAGGGAUUGUCCGGUGGAGCCCAACGACACCGUUGACUCCCUGUACAACCGCUUCCUGUUCCCCGAGGGGAUCAAAGCCAUGGUGGAGGCGGUGCAGCUGAUAGCCGAUGGGAAAGCCCCCCGGGUCCCGCAGACAGAGGACGGGGCGAGUUACGAGGGAAUACAGAAGAGGUCCAACGCCAAGGUCAACCUCGCUCAGCCUGCGGAGGUCAUCCACAACUGGAUCCGUGGCCACGACAAAGUCCCCGGGGCCUGGACCCUCAUCAACGGAGAGCCGGUGACCUUGUACGGCUCGUCACUGCUGAGCGGGACGGUUCCUGCGGGCCAGCCUCUGGAGAUCGAGGGGGCGUCCAAACCAGGCCUGAUCACCAGCAGCGGCCUGGUCCUGUUCGGUUCUGACGACAAAACGCUCCUGGUGAAAAACCUGCAGUUUGAGGACGGAAAGAUGAUCCCAGCCGCCAAGUACUUCUCCUCGGGGGAGACGACCAGCGUGGAGCUGACGGACGAGGAGAAGAAGAUGGCGGAGGACAUACGGGCUAUCUGGCAGGGAAUUUUGAGUAAUGUUCCAAAAAUUGAUGACACAACGGAUUUCUUCAAAUCAGGAGCUGCAUCCAUGGAUGUGGUCAGGCUCGUGGAGGAGAUUAAGCAGAAGUGUGCGGGGGUGGAGCUGCAGAAUGAGGACGUGUACAUGGCCACUUCCUUUCACGACUUCAUUCAGUUGUUUGUCCGGCGGCUGAGGGGAGAGGACCAGGAGGAGGAGCUAAUCAUCGACUAUGUAACUAAAGACGUCAACAACAUGACUGUGAAGAUGCCUCACCAGUGCUUUAUCAAUGGGAAGUUUGAGGACGCAGAGAGCGGAAAGACCUACGACACGGUCAACCCCACGGACGGCUCGGUGAUCUGCAAGGUGUCGUACUCGUCGGUGGCAGACGUGGACAGAGCGGUGUCGGCAGCCAAGGAAGCCUUCGAGACCGGGCCCUGGGGCAAGAUGAACCCCCGCGACAGAGGCAGACUGCUGUACAGGAUAGCCGACGAGAUGGAGCAACACCAGGAGGAGCUGGCCACCAUCGAGGCCAUCGACUCGGGCGCCGUCUACACGCUGGCCCUCAAGACCCACGUGGGCAUGUCCAUCCAGACCUUCCGAUACUUCGCCGGCUGGUGCGACAAGAUCCAGGGCACGACGAUACCCAUUAACCAGGCCAGGCCCAACCACAACCUAACCUUCACCAAGAAGGAACCACUAGGAGUGUGUGCCAUCGUUAUACCCUGGAACUACCCUCUGAUGAUGCUUGCCUGGAAAAGUGCAGCCUGUCUGGCAGCUGGGAACACGCUGGUCCUGAAACCUGCUCAGGUGACCCCGCUGACGGCACUGAAGUUCGCAGAACUGACGGUCAGGGCCGGCAUUCCCAAGGGCGUGAUCAACAUCAUGCCAGGCUCAGGCGGCCUGGUGGGCCAGCGCAUGUCCGACCACCCCGACAUCCGCAAGCUGGGCUUCACAGGCUCCACCCCCAUCGGCAAGCAGAUCAUGAAGAGCUGUGCAGUCAGUAACCUGAAGAAGGUUUCCCUGGAGCUAGGGGGGAAGUCUCCUCUCAUCAUCUUCGGCGACUGUGACAUGGACAAGGCCGUGCGCAUGGGCAUGAGCUCCGUGUUCUUCAACAAGGGAGAGAACUGCAUCGCGGCCGGCCGGCUGUUCGUGGAGGAGUCCGUCCACGACGAGUACAUCACCCGAGUGGUGGAAGAGAUCAAGAAGAUGAAGAUAGGCGACCCGCUGGACCGCUCCACAGACCACGGGCCGCAGAACCACAGGGCUCACCUGGAGAAGCUGCUGGAGUACUGCGAGAUCGGGAGGAAGGAGGGGGCCACGCUGGUCUACGGGGGACAGCGGGUCGACAGGCCAGGCUAUUUCAUGGAGCCCACAGUGUUCAGCGGUGUGGAGGAUCACAUGUUCAUCGCCAAAGAGGAGUCAUUCGGGCCAGUCAUGGUCAUAUCAAAGUUCAAAGACGGGGACGUAGACGGAGUCCUGGCCCGGGCCAAUGACACGGAGUUCGGCCUGGCGUCCGGGGUGUUCACGCGUGACAUCACAAAGGCCAUGUACGUGAGCGACAGGCUGGAGGCCGGCACCGUCUUCAUCAACACCUACAACAAGACCGACGUGGCCUCGCCCUUCGGGGGCUUCAAACAGUCUGGCUUCGGCAAGGACCUCGGAGAGGAAGCUCUUCACGAAUACCUCAGGACCAAAGCCGUGACUGUGGAAUACUGAGCGCAGAUCCCUGCCAGACUCAAUUAAUCAAUGCCAUCCGCUGCAGCGAUGGCCGCCAAUCAAACAUUCAAAUCAGUGUUCACUCCCCCCCCCCCCCCAACCCUACCCCCCCCA